CGUGUAUUAAGUAUGAAGGCAAAUGGUAUAAGCCCCCUAGAUUUGAGAUACUUGCAGAGAAAGGAUCGUGUAAAAAAUGGAAAGCAACUAUUUUCUAUGAUGAUCAACCUCUGGAGUAUUGGAUUAAGAAAGGUUACCUAAAAACCGAGGGAUACAGAAAAGGAAGAUCCAAGACUAGAAAGGAAAUACAAUCAUCCGGCUCUGAAGAAACUGAAGAUGAUAAUGCUGAAGAGAGGACAACAAAACAUACAAUUUCAACAGCAACGAAACAUCUAUUCAGGGGGAAAGAACUGAGAAUUAUUCUCAAGAGAUGUUUUGAUGGAAGACAGGGAACAGGUGCUUGUCACUCCAAGUGGAUUGCCCGUCCAGGAGAGUGCAGCAGCUCAGCAAAAGUUAACACACCCACUGCGGCAGCGACACUCAUUGCUCCCUCACACAUACAUGACCUAUCCAUCAAUGGGAGUAAUGGGGAAGGCAGUGAAGACCAGUUACCACAAAGCAGUGAAAGAAAAGAACAGGAAGCUUCCACAUCUUUGGAAAUAGUGAAUAAAACUGAAUCCAGUGUCUUAAACUCUGAUGCAGGGAUGGAGGACAGAGAAGACGGCCAUUUAACUCACUGUGGAAAUGAGAAAGAACAAAACAGAGAAGAUCCUCUUGAUAUGUCGAGAUCUGAAGUUACUGGAAAUACCAGAGAUGUGGCAAUACAAACUGUGCCAAAAGUGCUACUGAAAGCAAAAAUACAGCCUGCAGAAGAAACUGGGGGAGAUAUUGUUGAAGAUAAGGACCAGUUUCUAAGCAGAGGGCAGCUGGCAGUGAAAACAGAGCAGAGAGCUGAAGAGAAGGUCGGGUCUGGACAUGAAAACGAGGUUGUAAACUCAGAAGAUGCUGGGAAUGAAGAAGAGGAAGAUGAAAUGGAAAUGAGAGGAAUGGAAUCUGAAGCUGUACCUGCUGUUGCCUCUAACCACACUGACAAGUGUGUUAUUAAAGGCUCAGAAGACAGAGGAGAUGCACAGUCAGCAAACUGUGGGAAUGAGAAAGAAGCAAAAGGAGACGAUCCUCCUAACAUGCCAAAAUCUGAAGUCACUGUAAAAACCAGAGAUGUGGAAAGAAACACACCAAUCAAACAGCAGAAUGUGGAGGAAAAAACAGAAGAGGAAAUGAGUCCUUCCUGUGAACCUCUGGCUGCGUCAGAUGAGUGUGAACAUAAAGAUGUCCACUGCUCUGGCCACAAUCUAGCUGAAUUACACUCCACGAGGCCUGAGAGGAGUUCAUCUCAAGCAACUCAAACCUCUGUCGGCAUUAAUUUCUCUCACAUGUCAGAGGCUCUGUCGCCUGGGCCCUCAGUCAGCUCUGGUUUGAAUACAACGGAUCUUGAUCAACUGAAGAGGGAAAAACUAAAAAUGCAACUAAAGGUCUUAAAAUUACAAGAAGAGUGUUACACUUUGAUAAUAAAAAAACUUAAAAAAUGA